AACACACUAGCCAGCAGGCAAAAACACAAAAGACACGCCGCCGCAAGCGUUCCUGCACAGCUCUGCACGCGUAGACAAGCCUCUGGCAGCCUACCGUCGAGCCUAAUUCGCUGGAGCAUCGCGCGCCGUCGCCGCGCACCGUGGGCACUCAAACCAGCAGCACCACACAAAAACAUGUACGCCAACCUCGAGCGCUGGCCGGCGACACCUUCCGAGGGCGACAACGAACGGGCCGAGCGCGCCCCGCGCAUCGUGCUCAUGGGCUCGCGCCGCUCGGGUAAAACGUCCAUGGCGCGCGUCGUCUUCGGCAAGAUGAGCCCCCACGAGACGCUCUUCGUCCCGUCGACGGCGCAGCCCACUUUACGAUUGGUGGCCAACAGCGAUUUAGUACAUUUCAGCAUUUUCGACGUUCCGGGAGAUAGGGACUUGAGCGAAUUGCGGUGGCGCGACGCGCAGAUGACGCCGCGCGACUUGUUCGGGCGGUGCGUCGUCUUGGCGUACGUGGUCGACGCCGAGGCGGACCCGUACUCCGAAUGUGCUCGACUAGCGGAGGUCGCUGCUGCGGCCAAAGCAGCUAAUCCCAGGGUGCAACUCGAGGUCUUCGUCCACAAGGUGGAUGGCGACCACUUCCUGAGCGAGGAGCAGAAGUUGGAUUGUCGGCGGGAGGUGGAAGCGUGCGCGCGCGCGGAACUUGCGGAGUUGUAUGCCCAUGGCAGUGACGAAACCGUCGACCCCCAGCAGGCCCAGGCGUAUGCGGACGACUGUCUGGCGGGCGCUGCUUUUUCUCUCACGUCUAUAUAUGACCAUUCUGUUUUUGAGGCGUUUUCCAAGCUUGUGUCGAGGGCAUUAGUGCCCCAGAGAAUUGUAUUGAGAAAGAUGCUCGACGCGCUCGUGACGGCCUGCGACAUGGAGAAGUCGUUCCUGUUUGACGUGGCGUCCAAAGUUUAUGUGGCCACGGAUAGUGCCCCUGUGGACUCGGCCUCGUACGAGCUGUGCGCCGACGCCAUCGACGUCGUGCUCGACGUCGCGUCCAUAUAUGCCCCUGAUAAAACCCAACAGCCGGAACCCUCUGAAGAGGAUACGCCUGUCCGAGAGGAGGAGCCGAAGCAAACGCGGUCCAAUGCCGCGUCGAUCCAGCUGUCGAACGGCAUGGCUCUGGUCUUGGAUGAAGUUGAUCGCAAUUUGGCGUUAGUUUGCUUACUCAGGACGGAGAACCUCGAGAAGCGGGACCUGAUCGACUACAACCUCGGGUGUUUUCGGACGGCGCUGGCCAGGCUGGCGGCGCUCAACGCGUCGUCGGCGGGUAAGUAGUACAUAGAAC